AUGAUCAGAGGAGCAGAAGAGUGGGAAGUCGAAGAAAUUGUGAAGGAACGGAACGUUGGCCGAGGAGAGCAGUACUUGGUCAAAUGGAAGGGAUGGCUGCAUAAUACCUGGGAACCAUCACAUCACCUUACCCAUGCAAAGAAGGUCCUGAGGGACUGGCAGUGGAAACAAUCCAACCCAGACACACGCAUUCGCCUCCUGCCAACGCUCGAAGCCAGACACUGGGAUUAUCUCAUCCAUCACUACAAACCCGAAGACAAACGCCUUCCAUAUCCCCAACAGCAACUCUUUGACCCUUACAAGAAUGUCUUCACGCCCAUUGGCCCAGUCGAUGAGGACAUCGACCCUAGAGAGGGGGUAAUGUCAUAG